AUGGCUUCUCGCAAGCGCGCCACUGCUCAGCUGCCCUUUGGUGUACCUAGCACCAGCCCCAUGAAACGGAAGGCUGCUAGGGAGGUGGUUGACAUACACCCACAUAAGCGCACUCAGGCGGCGCAUCUGCAAGCACGGCUUAAUGCACUGCUUGCCAGGAAACCACUCCCCUCAAUUCCCAGCCCUUCCCAGACACUAGAAGAGGAUAAUCCCUACUUCUCCGAGCCUCUUGAGCCGCCACAGACACUUCCUGAUCAUUCUGGGGAUCCUAGCCAGCACUCAGAAGAUGCAUCUGUUCAGCCUUUGGUCUCAAAUGGAAAUCUUGAUGAGCCAAUGCCUGCAGUCAAUGAGCGUGCUGUACAGGCUGCAGACAAUUGGGAAACUCUUUUGCCCAAGUUGGAAUCUGUGUUUCUCGAUUUUCAUUAUAUCAGUCGGGUGCAGAUCCGUCUGUGCCGAUGCAAAUGCCUGCCCGUGCUGCUCUUGGAGAAUGGGGUAUUUCCGGGAACUCCUGUCAAGCCACGGAUAGGAGUUUCUCUCGACGUUUUGGACUUGUACCGAGCCUACUUCGAGCGAUCUGCCGAUGCAAUCACAGCCCUAGCUGCCUCCUUGGCUACAGUAUAUCGGCGUCGGGGAUUUGAGCUGGGAUUUGAUUCGACAGCUGUAGAACACAUUGAUGAUCCCUUCCGCAACGUGCUGUCACAUGCUGUUCUCUACUCAUCUCUGGUUUGUUCGCGGUUGGAGAAGCGACUUGAAGUGUGUCUGAGAGCAACAGAAGAUGUCAUAGCAGUGGAGGAAAAAGUGGCAGCUGAGAGACGAGCUGAGCUUGAAAAUGCUGAGAUGCCAUUGGCAGCUGAGCUUGAUGCAGAAUUUGGAGGUGUGGAGUCUGCGCCGUCUGGCGGAGCGGAGCAGGCACCAGCCUUGGAUGCUGGCCACGUAGGUGGUGAUGUGCAGCUGGGAGGAGAUGGGUGUUUCAGCCUACGACAUCUUUGCUCCUCUGGAGAUGGUCCCAUUCCCUUCUCCCCAGCAUACUUCCUGAGUGACGCAGAGAUGAAAACUACUCGUGCGCGCAUCACUGCUGCAAGAGCCAAGCCGCCUCGCAAAUUCAAACCUGCCAUUCCUCAGGCUGCUCUCGACUCAUGUCAGAGUUCAUUUGAUGCUGCCAACGAGAGCAAGCAGAAGGCUGAUCCAAAGCACUUUGAUUCAACUGGUGCCUUUGUUCUCACCUGUCGCCACUCACAGGUGUUGUUUCUGGCAAACAUUGAUACCCCAGGAGAGCAGCAGUGUUAUCUGGUUGCUCUUUUGGACAAAGUCGCAUCUCUUCUUCCACCAGUGGCAACAAUCUUACAGGCCUACGAUAUUGGAUGUCAGAUGGAUCAUUCGUGCCACUUGUACCCACUGCUUUCUCCAACUCUUCGGGAGCGAAUCACAUUUGUGAUCAACAUCAUGCAUUCAUUUGGACACGAAUGGGAUUGUCAGCUGGUGUAUAGUCCAAGAUUCUUUGUCGGAAUGGGCCUGUCUGACAUGGAAGGUGUUGAACGCUUUUGGUUGCGGGUCCGGAAACUGAUUAAUUUGACCCGGCAACAAUGGCAAUCUCGUCGUAUCUGGAUGCUAGAUGAAUACACCGCAUUCGUGAAUCAGGAGGGCGCUGAGAAGCUCGGGGAUUGGUUGGAUUGCCAGCAGGCCAAUCUUCUCCCCAAGUACCGACAGAGCAUCAAGACAUUACAUGCCUGUCGUGUGUCAGAGAGAGAGCUACGAUCUCAGUGGAGGGCACAAAAAGCGGCGCAGAGUAGCCGAAACAUCAAGGCAUCUGCGCUGUUCCGUAAAGAUCUGGACAAAGUGAUUACUCUCCAGAAUCAGAUCGUGUCUGUCGAGACCGCCAUUCUGGAUGUGAAGAAGUCAAUUAGAACCUCAGGUGCAUCUGUGGAGACGUUGUGUCAUCUUGAUGAGAUGGAGGACACCCACAUGGAGCUCAGUGACCGUGCAGAUGCACUGUAUGCAUCGCUUAAUCUGCGGCACACAUUUCCCCAGCUCUCUGGAUUGCCGGCAAACUUUGUCAAGUUGCUGCUUAGAAUGCAUGACUUGAAAGUAAACAUCCGGAAGCGUGCAGUUGGGUCAUUUUAUGAGAUGGAGACUUUAGAUCGUGCUGUAGGUGGGAAGAAGGAGAGUUUGGCGUCUCUCCAAAAUGACCUAACACUGUACGAGGAUGUCUGCGUCACACCAUCAUCUGGAGCAAUUCCGCAUUGGUUGGACGACUCAGAUGUUCGGGAUGGGAUUCAAAACAUGCACUCUGUUGAUCGAUGCACAGAGGAGAUGCCACGGCUCAACCGAGAGCGUGCCAACCUGGAGCUGUAUCUCCUGGCAGAGACAGCACUCGUAUCCAGAUGCAUCCAUGAGGCAGCAGGAGAUCCACUGCUUCAGCAUCUCCUUCAGCUCCGGGCCACGGAUCUCGAAAGGUUGGCUAAACGGUGGCGGAAGUCCUUUGGACAAUACACAUUGAGCCCUUUCUCUGGUGGAACAAUAUUCAUGUCUGGGUUCUCAAGUGCAGCUGCAUCUGCAUCAAAACAUAGCACGCAGACCAACAUCAGCCGCCCAAAUCUCGGUGCUGAAAAUCAUCGGCCUCUAUCAACGCCAGAAAUCGUGCCAGUUCCGCAGAGUUCCAGUCAUCUUAACAAUCCUGCUGAUGCCAUCAUCUCAUCUGCACGAUCACCUAGCCCUGAUCUGGAUGCAUCUGCUGGGAAUAUUGAUGGGAGCGCAAGUGCUCAUCUUCAUCUUGCAUCAGCGGACAUUGCACUGGUCGAAGAAAUCCCUGAAGAGAACCUUGAUGAUGACAUCGAGAUCCUUGAAAUGCAGGAUACCCUGCAGAAUGUCGAUCUUGAUGAUGACGAGGAUACAUCUGCAUUUGCGCAAUCAGAUGACAAUGUCGCAAUACAUUGGGAAUGUCCAGAAAUCACAUACGAAUCAACCAUGUUCAUAGAGCUCGAGCAUCGCAACAACAAUCUUAACAAAUAUUGUGGUGAUGUCCCACAUGUUGUUGUUCGCGGUCACAAGCUCAAGAAAUUGACAAUUCUGGCGGAGGAUCUGGCCAGGUUUAUCAAUCCGACUGGCCUUCUCAGUGGGCAUGGCAUCAAUGGUGUAGCCGCCUCAAUGCUUGCAAUGUUUGGUCAAGAACACAGUCCAUACAAUGUGCAUGCUCGUCGCUGUGCUUUGCUGUCAACUUAUGAGCUUCCACGGAUCCGUUCGGAAGCACGAGACAAGUUCAUGUGGGCUGAACUGUCACCACUUUGCUACUGGGAGAAGGAUUUCUGGAUUCUCCCCAUCCAUUGCGCCUCCCAGCAGCACUGGGUUGUUGCGGUGGCCUCUAUCCCCGAUCAGAAGAUUUUUUUCUUUGAUAGUCUCUCUGGGCGCAGCCGCUUCCGGAAGGAACUCCAGGAGUUUGUUUUGCUCAUAUCACGCAUGACCGCCCUUGCAAACCGGCACGGGAAGCGGUUGAACAUUUCAGAACAUGAUUGGCACGCAUAUUCUCUGUUCACACCGGGAAAACCAAAAUAA